ACUGACUAGUCUCUUCUUCUACUAAUUAUAUAAGUAAAAAUCUGUGCAACAGCACCAGCAAUUUAGCUGGAGAUUGUUUGACGCCGAUUUCAGCACGAGCUAAUCGACAGUGUUCAUAGAUUGCUCAAUAACGACGCUAAAAACCAACUAGGAAAAAGAGAGAAAAAAGAAGUAAAAUAAAAUAAAAAAUUAAAAACAAUAUCGACCUCCGAAUGCUAUCUCGCAUCUCCCCUCUCCUCCGCAUCCCGCCUUCUCACCCACCUUCUUCCAUGGCGGCGCGUGUCCUUCCGCGCGCUCUACCCUUCGUUGCAGCUCUUUAUUCGAAGCCUCCGUCUCCGUCUCCUCCUCUUCGUUUCCAUUUGAAGACUGCCUCUCUAUUCGGAAGGAGGAGAUUUAUCAGUCUUGUCGACAACUCAGGUGCUGCGCAUCGGGUUGCGGGCAGAAAUGUGAAUGUGACGGCGGCGGCUCGGCGGGAGUACAGGAAGAUUAGGAGCAGAAGAUCGUCUGCGGCGACGAGGAAGAGUAAGGAGAAGGAGCUCGAGUUGAGUGUGAAUAUUUGCCUCGAGGAACAAUUGCCCGAAGAUCCUGAAAUUAUGGAUAUUGCAGAACUGAUGCGUCUUAAUGUUCCAAUGGCGAUGAAAUUAGCAUUCGAACGUCUAUCCACUGCAGAAUAUUCAACCAGAGAUGCUGCAAUAAGUGACGUCGGCUGUUUUCAGAGCGUAGAGCUAUCAGUACUUCUAUGCAAUGAUGAGUUCAUUCAAAAGCUUAAUAAGGAAUGGAGAGGUGAAGAUCACGCCACAGAUGUCCUCUCAAUGUCCCAACAUAUCCCUGAGCUCAAGCUUCCCAUUCUAAUGUUGGGGGACAUCGUGAUAUCUGUCGAGACAGCUGCUCGACAAGCUGAGGAAAGAGGGCACAAUCUUAUUGAUGAAAUACGCAUUCUCUUGCUAAAGAGCAGUAAUACGCCUACUCCUGGAGUCGGGACGAAGAUCAGAGGAAGUUUAGGAGAGAUGGGGAAAGCUCGCAGCUUCUGUGAAUUUGAUGUUCACGGGCUGCUGCAUCUUUUGGGAUUUGAUCAUGAGUUAAGUGACGAAGCAGAAGAGGAAAUGGAGAACGAGGAGGAACUUAUAUUGAAGGGUGUUGGCUGGAAGGGGAAAGGACUGAUCCAAAGCGCGUAUGAUGCUGAGGCAAAUGGCAGUCCCCAUACUGAUUGCACGGGUGCUAUAUUUCGAUUUCUGAUAUCCCAGAGAAAAUCACAUUCUCAAUUGUCAAAAGACAGGAAGAGAGAAGGCAGUCUCCGUUUCUACAAGCCAAAGUUUAGCUACAUAUUCUGCGACAUGGAUGGUACACUACUAAACAGCAAAAGUCAAAUUUCCUUAUCAACUGCAGUAGCUCUAAAAGAAGCCUUAUCAAGGGGUGUAAAAGUGGUUAUAGCCACUGGGAAAACUCGUCCGGCUGUAAUAAAUAUUUUCAAGAUGGUAAAUUUGGUUGGCAAAGAUGGCAUUAUUUCAGAGUUUUCUCCUGGAGUUUUUGUACAGGGAUUGCUUGUCUAUGGCAGACAAGGUCGUGAAAUAUUUAGAAGAAAUUUGGAUGUUAGUAUCUGCAGAGAGGCACUUGUCUACUCUUGCAACCAUAAAAUUCCUAUUAUUGCCUUUAGUGAGGGCAGGUGCUUAACAUUGUUCGAACAUCCCCUCGUGGAAGCACUUCAUACCGUGUAUCAUGAGCCAAAGGCAGAGAUUAUACCUUCAGUUGAGCAGCUCCUGGCAGACAUAGAAAUACAGGUUUUAUUAGCUACUAUGAACUGGAUUUUUAUAGUCACUGUCAUGUCUCUCAAGCUGACUCUUGAUAAACAAGAUAGUUCUGAGGGCGUUUCCGGUACUUUGCGGCCAUACUGGGAAGAAGCAACACAAGCUCGUGCAUCUGUGGUCCAAGCAGUACCUGACAUGCUCGAAAUUGUUCCACUUGGGACUUCCAAAGGAAAUGGAGUAAGAAUACUUCUCGAUCAUCUAGGUGUUCCUCCAAAUGAGAUAAUGGCUAUUGGUGAUGGGGAAAAUGAUGUGGAAAUGCUGGAGUUGGCUUCUCUAGGUGUCGUACUUAGUAAUGGGUCUGAAAAGGCUAAGGCUGUUGCAAAUGUAAUUGGAAUCAGCAACGAUGAAGAUGGAGUUGCCGAUGCAAUAUAUCGGUAUGCAUUCUGAGUAUUUUUCACGAUCUUAUUAGAUUGGGUGCAACUUGCACCAGUCUCUCUUU